GCAGCCUCCGGAUCCCCGUCCCCCCUCCCCCCCAGCCCCGCUCCCUCCCGCUCUUCCCUCCUUCCUUUUCCCUGCUCCCUCUGACUGCCGGUAAACCCUGCCCGCAAGCACCAGUGGCACUGACACGAACCGGGCUGCCCAGCCCGGGACCAGCCCGCCGGAGGCAGCGGGCUCCGCCGCUCCCUGCCCAGGAUCCGUUGCAAAAUGUGAAAAUGAAGGGGAAAUUCUGCAGAUACCGUUUAUCACAGACAACCCUUGUAUAAUGUGUGUUUGCCUGAAUAAAGAAGUGACAUGCAAGAGAGAGAAGUGUCCCAUGCUCUCCAAGGACUGUGCUCUUGUAAUUAAGCAGAGAGGAGCUUGCUGUGAGCGUUGCAAAGGUUGCAGUUUUGGAGGAAAUACAUACAACAGCUCUAUGAAAUGGCACCUCCCUAAUAAUCCCUGCGUUACAUACCAGUGCCAGGAAGGUGUGAUAGUAGAGUCAGAGGUACAGUGCGUUGUUCAUUGCAAAAACCCUUCCAAGCUCAUGGGAAUGUGUUGUCCUGUGUGUCCAGGUUGUAUAUUUGAAGGGAGACAUUACAAUGAAGGAGAAGAAUUUAGGCCUGAAGGAAAUAAAUGUACCAAGUGCUCUUGUAUUGGUGGCAGAACACAGUGCAUCCAAGAAGUCUGUCCCAUUCUGUCCUGUCCCCAGCACCUCAGUCACACUCCUGCUGGACAGUGUUGUCCCAAAUGCUUAGGGCAGAGAAAAGUGUUUGACCUCCCAUUUGGAAGCUGCCUCUUUCACAGCAACGUGCAUGAUAAUGGGUCCUCAUUUAUUUAUGACAACUGCACAACAUGUACAUGCAAGGAUUCAACAGUGAUAUGUAAGAAGAGGUGCUUACUCCCCGGUGAAUGCAAUAAAAACAAAGACCACUGCUGCAAGGAGUGUGUCUCAUAUAUAUCUCCUGAGGAAGUGAAAGUGUGCAAGUUUGGCAAUAAGAUCUUCCAGGAUGGAGAGAUGUGGUCCUCUGUGAACUGCACCAUCUGUGCUUGUGUGAAAGGCAAGACAGAGUGUCGCAAGAAACAGUGCAUUCCAGUCAGCAGCUGUCCUCAUGGUAAAAUCCUGAACAGAAAAGGAUGCUGUCCUAUUUGCACUGAAAAGCCUGGAGUUUGCACUGUAUUUGGAGACCCUCACUACAACACUUUUGAUGGACGGACAUUUAACUUUCAGGGAACAUGUCAGUACGUUUUGACGAAAGACUGCUCCUCCUCUGCCUCGCCCUUCCAGGUGCUGGUAAAAAACGAUGCCCGUCGGACCCGUUCUUUCUCCUGGACAAAGUCAGUGGACCUUGUGUUGGGCAGAAGCACUAUCAGCCUCCAGCAGCACCUCACAGUGAAGUGGAAUGGGACCCGCAUCUCACUACCUUGCGAGACACCGCAAUUUCAGAUUGAUUUGGAUGGUUAUUUGCUGAAAGUGACAACCAAAGCAGGCUUGGAAAUCUCAUGGGAUGGAGACAGUUUUGUGGAAGUCAUGGCUGCGCCACACCUGAAAGGCAAACUCUGUGGUUUGUGUGGCAACUACAACGGGCACAAGCGAGACGACCUGAUUGGGGGGGAUGGGAAUUUUAAGUUUGACGUGGAUGACUUUGCUGAAUCCUGGCGUGUGGAGUCCAAUGAGUUCUGCAGCCGCCCGCAGAGAAAACCUGUGCCUGAGCUCUGCCAUGGGACAGUCAGGGUGAAACUCCGAGCUCACCGGGAGUGCCAGAAACUCAAAGGAUGGGAGUUUCAGAGCUGUCACUCAGCAGUGGAUUAUACCACAUUUUAUCGGUCCUGUGUGACAGACAUGUGUGAGUGCCCCAUCCAUAAAAACUGCUACUGUGAGUCCUUCCUGGCAUAUGCACGAGCCUGUCAGAGGGAAGGGUUGAACGUCCAGUGGGUACCAGAACAGAACUGUGCAGCAACCCAGUGUAAACACGGUGCAGUGUAUGAUACCUGUGGCCCAGGAUGUGUCAAAACAUGUGACAACUGGAAUGAGAUUGGCCCGUGCAACAAGCCCUGCGUUGCAGGCUGCCACUGUCCUGCAAAUUUAGUUCUUCACAGAGGAAGAUGCAUCAAGCCAGUUCUGUGCCCACAGCGAUGACAUUAGAUCUCUUUCUGGAGACACUAACGUGGGUGUCGCUGAGCCCUGUGAUGCCCACAGCCAGGGAAGGACUCCAGCUCUUUGCCUACAGGUUCUGCAAAGUACAUAUCUACUCACAGAGUGUAAAUAUGCUCCUGCGUGUGUAUUUAUGUGUGUUUAUGUAUACACACACGGCACCUAAAAAGUUAUACAGAUGUAUACAGUGUGUAUGUAGAUACACAUAUCUAUACACAAGUGCCCUCAACGUAAGUACGACCCAUGUAUUUAUACACAUGUCCACACACACAAAUAUACAUCAUUUCUAUAUAUCAUAGAAGGAUGAAUUAUUAUAUGUAUAUUUUUUGCUAUAAAGUUUAUGUAUUAUUAUUUCUAGGACCCUGAUCUGUAAGUCAUUGUAUAAAUAAACCAGGUGUUUUUAAUAUAA